AUGACAAUCAUCAAAUAUCCGGAACCACCUUCUUGGAACGAAAACAUUUCUUCCAAGGAUUUUCAUAUCAUUGGGAAAAUGUCAGCCAACCCAACUUUGCCAGCACAAAAAUUACCAAAAAUUCAUCAGCCGGAAAGGUUAGAUAUAGCCGCGAGCAAAAAAAAUGCUACUAUAAGUAUAAGCAAGGGCAAUAAACUCACUAAAGAACAGAUUAGAAGAAACAUUAAAAGAAAAGCCAAACAAGCCGGAAUUAAGAAAAAUAUUUCACCGCAUUCUUUUAGAAGAAGUUUAGCCACUAAUUUAUAUAAUCUAGGUGGGAAAUUAGAAACUAUUCAGAAACAACUAGGUCAUGCUAGUUUAGAUACUACCUUAGGAUAUAUUCAUAAUGAUUACCAGACUUUUAUUAUGGUAAAGGCUAAACAAAAAGAAACAUUUACUGUUAAACCUAUUCACCCAGGAACGAUACUGCGCGAAGAAUUAUUAAUUCCUCGCAACAUUAGUCCUAACGAAUUAGCAAUCGCUUUAAAAGUUCCGAAAGAACAGAUUAAAUGA